AUGCUCCACCUAAAAACACUGAUUAUCACUCGUCUCCUUGGGCAACAAGCCCACCCCAGAUUCAGCACAAUGCAGCCCCGAACAGUGGAGAAGAAGACACCGGUGUGUCAAGUGGAGGAUAGAGCCGCUCUGAAGGUGGCUCGGCAAUGCCUGUUGGGCGGUCAGGUGAUAGCACUGCCCACAGACACUGUCUAUGGGCUGGCAUGCGAUGCCAACAACGAGCAUGCCAUCCAGCGCUUGUACGAGAUUAAGGGAAGAGACGAACACAAGCCUGUGGCCAUCUGCGUAAACAAUAUUGAGGCGCUGCGUCGCUAUGGUCAGGCUGCACACCUCAGCGACGAGCUGCUAACUCGUUUGCUGCCGGGCCCUCUGACCAUUGUGAUUGAGCGGACGCCCGAGUUGAGCAAUCGUUUCCUGAAUCCCAGCACCUCCAAGAUAGGCAUCCGCAUUCCAGACUUCAUUAUACGCGAUCUGUGCUCCGUGUGGCACGAACAGCCGCUUGCCCUGACCAGUGCCAAUCGCUCCAGUGCCCCCAGCAGCCUCCAGGUGACCGAGUUCCGUUCGCUGUGGUCCCAGCUGGGCGCCGUCUUCGAUGCUGGUCAGAUUGGUAUCACCGAGGAGCGUCGCCUGGCCUCUACUGUGAUUGACUUGGCCACACCAGGAUACUAUGAGAUCGUGCGUGCUGGAGUGGCCCUCAAGCAGACCCUGCGCUUGGUGGAGGAAUAUGGGAUCAAGCCUCGCAAGGAUAUUGCUCAAAUACUAUAGAAGGAUCGGUUCACCGAUGAGUCUUUAAAUAAACUAUAACUUUAUUUGGUUUAA